CUCUCUUGUCUUUAAACUAAACAAAAAUAUCCUCAUAUACAACGAAAAUGUUAUCUUCUCUCACAUCGCCCUGGCCUUUCGCUCAAUGGGGCGUUGACCUCCUCGGACCCUUUAUCAAAGGCAAAGGAGGCUGCACACACCUCGUUGUCGCUGUGGAUUACUUUACCAAAUGGAUAGAAGCCAAACUGUUAUCCACGACAACUGAAAGGAAGAUUGAGGAAUUUCUAUUCAAUUCCAUAUUAUGCAGGUCGUUUUGUAAUGAUUACGGUAAUGAGCUCUCCCUUAUGUCUGUCUACACCCCACAGUCCCUUGGACAAGCAGAGUCAGCCAAUAAGAUCGUUCUGCGAGGACUUAAGACACGUGUCCUAACCACACACUCCAACUGGGUUGACAAGCUCAACAAGGUGUUAUGGUCAUGCCGUACAACUCCCAACUCGACUACGGGAGAGACCCCAUUCUCCCUUGCUUAUAGGACUGAGGCCAUUCUUCUUGUGGAAGUAAGUUUAUCCACUAGUCAAUCUGCUCGGCCUGAUCAUCCUGAUAACGAGCAACUCCUAAAAGAAAACCUAGACCUAGUGGAGGAGGUUAGAGAAAUAUCUAGGAUUAAAAACAUGGUGUAUCAAGGUCGCGUCGCCAGGUUUUACAAUAAACGAGUGCGAGCUCGUCAGUUUCAGGUCGGUGACUUAGUCUUACGGAAGGCUGGACUCACUAAUGCGUAUUUGCACAUGGGCAAGCUCGCUCCUAAUUGGGAAGGUCCUUACAUGGUUACUUAAAUCAAACGACCUGGGUCCUACAUUUUAGCAGAU